AUGAGGAGUACAAGGUCGACUUCUUUCAAAUCGAGAUUUAAUAACACACAGCAAACAGUGGUGAAUGUAGAUGAAGACGAUGAUGAUUUUGUUUCUCCGCCUAUAGAAGGUGAAGGAAGUGAACCAAUUCAUAUAAAUAUCGUUGGAUCAAACAAAACAAUUGAACAGAGGAAAAAAACUUCAAGAUCAGAACAUGGAAAGAAAAAUGUAGAGUCUGGAAAAUCAGCUAAUAACAAAGAUAAACAAGAGACAAUAACUAUUGAUAGCACAAGUGUAGGAAGGAUGAAAAGGAAAUGUUCUGCAAGAACGACACCUGCUAAGGAUACUAAGAAAUCUGCAGAAGAAAAUGUUAAAGGGAAAAAACCAAGAAGUUUAAAUGAGUUACUUAUGGAGAGUAUGAGUGGGUCAAAGAGAGACAAUGAAAAGGUAGAAAUUGGUGUGGAUAUGGAAGAUAAGGAAAAUGUUGUAAAAAGAAAAAAGGCAGUGAAUGAUGCACAUUCAAAGAAAUCUCCAAAGAGAAAGAAGGGAAAAAUAGAACAUGAGAAUGUUAAAAUCAAAACGGUGGAAGGGAACAUUAGAAAUGUAAGAAAGGACCACCAAGAAGGUUAUAGAAGACUUGCAACUAGGAUGACUCCUAGAAAGGUUAGUGUAACGACCUAA